UUAAGCAUUUGAACAAGUGCAAAGAAAAGACCUAUCCAGAGGCAGGGCAGGCACCAAAAGAGGUUCUGAUUCUCAGCACUGAGCUCUCUAAUAACCCAUCAAUCAAUUUCUCUGUUCUCUUCAACAAUCCAAUUGCUCUCUUCUCUCCCACUUACCCUCGAUCCUCAUCCACCUCUCUCAGUAACCCUCCCUUCCCUCAAGCUUCGAUCUUGAUCCUAUUUUUCCCACACCCAAUCCCUCCUACCACAACCCCUUUAUUCAUCUUUCCAUAAAAUUCAAAGAAAACAACAUGGGUUGCACCAUGAGGGAAAAACACAUCAGAGCCAAUCGGAGACCCCGAUCGGCGAAACCAGACCCCGAUUCUUGCGACAAAGAUGCCAUAUCCAAAUCCAUAGCUGAGACUGGUCUCAAGCCCUUCAAAUACCAUCUGGGUCUCAACGAUUCUCCCCAGAUACCGAAUUCUAACCCUAAUGUUGAGGAAACCGGGUGGGGUUACUGUACAGAGGAACAAUUGGAAGAGAUUCUGUUGAAAAACUUGGAGUUUAUAUACAACGAAGCUGUGUCCAAGCUCGUUGCAUUGGGAUAUGAUGAGGACGUUGCUGUCAAGGCGAUACUGCGCAAUGGGCAUUGCUAUGGUGGCAUGGAUGUGCUCACCAAUAUUUUGCAUAAUUCCUUAGCGUUUUUGAAUAGUAAUAAUAGUGAUGGUGUAGGUGGGGGUGGAGGUGGUUAUAGUAAUAAUAAUAAUAGUGGGAAUUUGGAUGAGUCUGAGCCUGUGUUCUCUGAUUUGAGGCAGUUGGAGGAGUACUCUUUGGCGGGUAUGGUGUGUUUGUUGCAACAGGUGAGGCCUCAUUUGAGCAAAGGGGAUGCCAUGUGGUGUUUGCUCAUGAGUGAUCUUCAUGUUGGGAGGGCUAGUGCUAUGGAAAUUCCGGUGCCCGGUAACGGGAGCCCCGCGGCGCCGGUGGCCACCGGUGGUGAGGGUGGUGGGAAUUCGGUUGGUGUUAUGGCCCCGGCUUUGUGUAGGUUCCAUGGGGGGUGGGGAUUUGGUAAUGGGGGAGGGUUGGAAUUUCCUGUGAAUGGGAUAUUCUCUUGUGGUGCAGAGAUGAAUUUGCAGCUGCAAAGAGACAUUGAGUUCCCUAAGAGGUUUAAUCUUUCUCCUUCAAUGAAGUCCUUGUUGAAGAGAAAUGUUGCUAUGUUUGCUGCUGGUUUUAGGGCAAACUCUAAGCAAUUGCAGGCACAGGCAAAGGUUGUUCCUGGCCGGAGUGCUGCACCUAAUUUGGAUUCUACGGCUGUGGCCGGGACGGAAACUCGGGCGGAGCAGUCCGGACGAGAUUCACAGAAUCUUGAUAGCCAGGAUGCUGUGAAUUCGGUGCUGAGUAAAUUUCGUGAUUUGAAUCUUGAUGAGAAUUUGGAGCUUGUGGCUGAAGAUCAGAAGGAUGAGGUGAUAGUUACAUUAUUUCAUCAGAUUAAGGAUCUUGAGAAACAGGUUAACGAACGGAAGGAUUGGGCUCAUCAGAAGGCAAUGCAGGCAGCAAGAAAGUUAAGCAGUGAUCUGACUGAGCUCAAAAUGUUGCGGAUGGAAAGAGAGGAGACUCAAAAAUUGAAGAAAGGGAAACCGGUGCUUGAAGACACAACAAUGAAGAGGCUCUCGGAGAUGGAGAAUGCUUUGAGAAAGGCCAGUGGUCAACUGGACCUUGCAAAUGCAGCUGUGAGGAGACUAGAAACUGAGAAUGCAGAAAUGAAAGCAGAGAUGGAGGCUUCCAAAUUAAGCGCAUCAGAGUCGGUGACAGCUUGCUUAGAAGUUGCAAAAAGGGAGAAAAAAUGCUUAAAGAAACUUCUAGCUUGGGAAAAACAGAAAGCUAAGCUGCAGCAAGAGAUUUCUGAUGAAAAAGAGAGGAUAUCGAAGACACAAGAAAUAUUGGUUCAGAUUAGACAGGGUCAAAAGGAAGCUGAGGUUAAGUGGAAGGAUGAGAUGAAGGCUAAAGAGGAAGCUUUAGCACUAGUUGAGGAGGAACGCCGCUCUAAGGAAGCAGCUGAGUCUAACAAUAAGAGGAAGCUCGAGGCUUUGCGUCUGAAGAUAGAGAUAGAUUUCCAGCGUCACAAGGAUGAUCUUCUAAGACUCGAGCAGGAGCUUUCGCGCCUGAAAGCAUCUGCUCAGUCUGCUGAGUUGCAUCACCAAUCAAGCACGUCACCGACAAGCGACUCUGAGGGUGCAAAGCCCCAAAGGGAGACCAUUGCCAGGCUGCUCCAAGAAUUGGAUAAUCUUGAGGAUUUUUCAGAGAAAGAAGUGAAUAGCAACAGAGAAUGCAUUAUAUGUAUGGAAGAUGAAGUCUCCAUAGUUUUCUUGCCAUGUGCACACCAAGUUAUGUGUGCUAGUUGCAGUGAUGAGUAUGGAAGAAAAGGAAAGGCUGCUUGUCCUUGCUGCAGGGUUCAAAUCCAACAGAGAAUCCGUGUAUUUGGGGCAAGUUCCUAACUUUCUUAAGAGUUGUGUUUCAAAGGGACUUGGGCAGGUAUACCCUAUGAGUUUUUACAUUACUUUGUGCACUUAAUCAGUGGGGCUACUUGUCUCACCAAAUAUCACAUUACACGCUAUGAGUCGUGAUCAUAGUCAGGAAUUAUUAUUAUUAUUUAUAUAAUAUAAAUAAAAAACUAAGUCCUGGCAUUGGAAUGUCUCUUGGAAUUUCUGAAAUAUAGUUGGUUACUGCCGUUGGCUUGAAAAUAAGAAAUGGCCAAUUGUGUUGUUAUAUUCUGAGAACUUCACCUCCUUUCCCUAAUGUCAUAGUCUUUUUCAUCUGACCCCUAUUUCGGUUUUCCAAGUAUGCUCCAGUAAUUCGAUGCAUAAAAAUGUUCUGUGAGCUUUUAUUUCCUGUGAAUGAGGGAUUUUGUUGAUUUAUGGACGUUUGUUUUGUAUUUGGUGAUUUAUGUACUUACUGUUAUAAUAUACGACGUAUUUACUAUA